UCGUGCGUUCUUUUCAUGCUAAGAUUAAUGUUGUACUUGGAACAUAGAUUUAGAAGUCUUGAAUUGAAUGUGUGGAUAAAAUUUGGUAAAAAGUUUUAUAAUGUGAUGUAUUUAAAUCCUCAAAAAUGAAUUUAAGGGCUGGAAACAUGGGAUUAGAGUGAGUAGGGCCUAGUUUAACUGAAUUACUUUAGCUCAUGUUUUGCAUCAGCAAAAUACAGUAUAGUAAGAAAGCACUUCGUAGGCCACGCACGAGUUGGCUGGGUUUUCCAUUGGCACAUGCCAGCUGACACCAAAAACUGGUCUCCUUAUCCUAUUCUCAAAUAUGGGAUUUAAUUAUCCGAUAAACAGAUAUUGGGCUUGGGAUGAGGUCGGUUGAAAAACGACAACGUUUUGCAUUCUUCUAAGUGGGGAAGAAAUUGGUGGCUGGCUGGCACUGUGCCGGGGUGCCUCAUUCCUGGCUGCUUGAAAGUAUUUUUGGCGUCGGUUUUGGCUUUUCAGAGCGAAGCAGUGGCUACUGCCUCAGAAAAACCCCACCGAAGAAAAGAAAAGCAUAAAAAAUGUUAAAUAGUGAAAUUACGAGUAUGACCCAGAAUGUCGCCACACUCCCUCCUACAAAAGACAGAACAAAAGCCUGUUCGAUUUCUUCCAGUGCCCCUCGAGAGCGAAGGACUCUUUCCCGCCAAAACAGCUCCCCCACCCUCCCUUUUAUUACUGUGCAUUUCACACUCCCAACAUCCACACUUCACUGAGGUCAAUCCCCCUACAGAGAGAAAUAGAGAGACAGAGAGAGAUGAAGGGCACUUCUAAGGUAAUAAUGGGGGCAACCCUGGUAAUGGCAAUUACCCUUAUCAUUGUAAUGGGCUUGGUCUUGGUUUUGAUCGCCGAGCUUUACUGUUCCCUCUUGUUUCGCCGCCGCCAACUCCGAACCGCCGCUGCCACCGCCAGCGCCACCAGUGCUCAUCCCUCACAAUCCCUGAACCAGUCAGCUGCUGCUGCUCCUCCUCUGGGUAGCUUCUACGCUCAGGGAGUUCUUAACGCCCCGAGAAAUUUCCUCUUCCCUUCAGUUUCUACCAAAGAUGAUCAAAAAGCGGAAUUAAAGCGGCAGCACUCUCAAAUCCUUCAAAUCCUCGAAGCCCAAACUCAGGAAUCGACCACUGCCCCCUAUCGAGUGGGCCUGGUUUCAUCCCCAAUUCAACAAGUUCCAGUACUUCAAGGUAGUGCCAGUAGUCGCAGCAGUACUGCUGGCUGCGACGAUGUUAAUGGAGCUCGUUCCACCGGAGAACAUUUCGUAUGCAUAUCGAAUCCCAUUUACGACAACAUUGCUGGCCAGCCGAGCAGGGAAGGUACUCCGUUCGAGACGCCGGACACGUCUCCUUCUCGUUUGGAGAUGGGGGUUUCUUCUGGCGAGGACAAGAGUGGGCAGAGGUCCCUGGCCAGUCCCUCGUCGGAGCUGAUUACGACGCCUCCAUUAACCCCGAUGAAGAAGCUCCCGGCAGAUGGUUGUUCGGUGUCAUUAAGGGACGCCCGGUCGCUGGACACUUCGGGGAGUGACUCAAAUAGCAACAAUGGGCUUUCCUCGUCUUCUUCGGGGACGCCAGGCACUUCUCCUUCGUGGUGAAUUCAGCCAUGCACCUCGACGAGCCCGGCCAGAGACAUCUGUAUUUUAUUUUAUUUAUUAUUUUUUUGUUUUUGGGGAAGAGAAGUGGGUACAUAUUUUGUGAAGAUGGUUGGGGAACCCAAGAACUUGUCUCUGCAGGCGUGACCAUCGGCUCGUCCGCCCAAGCCACGCUCAUGCAUGCUAACAGAAGGGUUCGCCCUUCCUGAGCAGUACUUUCCAUCUCUUUCUGGAGUAUUAGAAUAGUUUUUUAUUUUUAAUUAUUGGGUUUUUGUAGUUUUUGUGGGUCUUUUUGGAAAGUUACUUGUUAGAUUCCUAAUGCUGCAUUUUGAGAUUGGGGCUUGGGAGGAUGCAUGUGAACUGUAAAGGGUGGAGUCAAUAACAAGAAGGGAAAAAAAAUCUGUGUUUUUGAGGGACCUCUACCCUGA